CCCCCGGGAGUUUUUGGUCUAGGGCCACCGGGGCCGCGGGGCGGGGGGUGUCGCCGGGAGAGCACGGGAGCGGGGGGGAGCGCCGGCCGCCCUGCAUGGCCAGGGAUUAUGAGCGCCGGUGAGUUGCAGCAGGCGCAGCCCAGAGCCUCGGCGCCGGCGGCCGCCCCCGCGCCCCCGCAGCCCCGCAGCGCGCAGGAAGCCCCCGACAUGGCCGUGUACUGCAGCGAGAACUUCAGCGUCUACCCCCAGCCCAGCCUUCACCCGCCCGGCGCCGCCGCUGCCGCCGCCGCGGCCGCCGCCGCCGCUGCCGCCGCCGCCGCCUCCUCGGGGCAGCGGGCGGGCGGGUACGCGCUGGGGGACUACGGGGCUCCCGCCAACGCCGGCUACCUGUGGGGCAUGAACAGCCCCGCGCCCUACCUGCAGGGCCCGCCCGGCGCCGCCGCCGCCGCCGCCGCGCCCUUCUUGCCGCCCGCCUCGUACGGCUGCUCGCGGGGCGGGCAGCUCGUGGGCUCGCCCCCGGCGCCCGGCUCGCCGUCGGCGGGCGGCGCGGAGCUGAGCUGGCUGAGCCUGGCCAGCCAGGAGGAGCUGCUGAAGCUGGUGCGGCCGCCCUACUCGUACUCGGCGCUGAUCGCCAUGGCCAUCCAGAGCGCGCCCGAGAGGAAGCUCACCCUCAGCCACAUCUACCAGUACGUGGCCGAGAACUUCCCCUUCUACAAGCGCAGCAAGGCCGGGUGGCAGAACAGCAUCCGCCACAACCUCAGCCUCAACGACUGCUUCCGCAAGGUGCCCCGCGACGAGGACGACCCCGGGAAGGGAAACUACUGGACCUUAGAUCCCAACUGUGAGAAGAUGUUUGACAACGGGAACUUCCGCCGCAAACGCAAGCGGCGCUCCGAGCCCAACGCGCCCGCGGCCGCCUCUGCGGCCUCCUCUCUGGGGGGCCUGAAGGCCGAGGAAGAGCGACCCAUCCCAGCCACAGGCAAACCAUGUGGAAACAGCCCACCCCCAGAGCUGGACCCCUCACCCUCUGCCAGGGACCAUCCCAAAAGCUCCUCUCCCUCCAGUAUCAUUUCAUCCACGCCCAGCUGUCUCAGCACCUUCUUCAGCGGCAUGAGCUCCCUGAGCGGCGGAGGCAGCCGGCUGACGGGGGGUCUCAGUGGUGACCUGCAUCACAGGAACUUCUCUGCUGGACAGCUGAGCAGUGGCACUUUCACCCCUUCCAGCAGCUCUUCUCAGGAGGUGCCUUCCCCAGACCAGCUGCAGCGGGUUGCAGGACCUUCCCCUGCCUACUACAGCUCCUUCCACCCCAGCAGCGGCAGCCAGGGAGCCCAGUACAACCACUACUACAACUUCACAGUCAACAGCCUCAUCUACACACGGGAUGGGACAGAGGUGUAGGGCUGGGGCAGCCAGCCAGCGCUGCAAAGGGAAAGGGAGUUGGACCAUGAGCUUUUGCAAACAGCAUUUCAACGUGGACACUUCCCAGGAGUUCUUCCAGGAAGAUUGAUCUUCUCACCUUUCAAAAUAAGAGCACCCCUCAAGCACCAGCAGAAAGCAGAUGCAAUGUUUUUUCCCCCAUCAAGGAAAGCGUUAGGUGGUGUAGAUGGUUUGCCAUCUAAAUUCUGCGGGCGUGAACUGAAUUAUUGUUUUCAGAGGUUUCUAAUCCUGAAUGUAGAACAAGAAGUUUUAAAUCCAUAGCCAUAAAGUGGUAUUGGCAAGUGUCAAGCGUAGACAUCCACUGAGUCUUAGAAAAGAACAGGGAAAAAAAAUGAAGAGAUUUCUUAUGAAGUGCCUUGUACAAUGUAUUAAAAAACCUCUUCUGCCAGCAAUUGCCUCUGUAAGCCCUUGCUUGUGCCCUGGUCCUGCAAUAUGCAAUGCACGGGGGGAACACCCUCUAUAAACACCCACCCAAAACCUCCUCAAAUUCACAGAGAGGUCUUCCUGUGUCUGGCAUAUUGUACUGCAGGGCUGUGUCUUGUAAAACAAUCUUCUUUCCCUGAGCUUAGUACCAAAGAUAACUCUAGCCACGCAGCUUUAGCACAAGAAUAAACACUGGGGUAUUUUUAUACAUAUUUGUACGUAAUGUAACUCUUCUGUACAUAGGUUUCUAUGUGGUUUUAUAUUUGUAAAUUAUGCUCUGGAGCUGUACUUAUUUAUAAUGUGUUUUAAACUUUGUUAAAGUUUAUUUUACUUUGUUUCCCCCCUUUUCGUUGUUUUAUUUGUUUUGAAUUUUUUGUUGGUUUUGUUUUUGUUUUUAGUGUAUUACUGAAACUUUUCAGGCUGAACAGCUGUUGGGAAUAAAAUAUUAACAAUUGUUAGAUAUUG